GAGAAACCCCGCAUUCACAGCCUUUUCAAAUCAACAUGAAAGUCAUCUUGAGCUCGCUCCUAUUCCUGGCGUCCGUCGCCAGCGCCCUCGUCCUCGACACCCCGUCGGGCUGGAAGUCUGGCCAGGAGGUCACCGAGCACUGGCAGAUCCAGCGUGGCGAUCCGGCUGCGUUCAACCUCGAGCUGAGGUCGAGCAACAACCAGAACAACAACUGGGACGUCGCUAACAACGUGCGCACCGCCAACGACGAGGUGACGUUCCGCCUGCCCAAGGUGCCGGCCGGUCGCUACGUGCUGAGGGCCGUCAACACCAACAAUAACAAUCAGGUGUACGCCGAGUCCAGCCAGUUCAACAUUGCUCAGUGAAGCAAUGUCUCCGGUUGUAGUAGCCACGAGCAAGGUGUCGCGCGUCGGAAAUCAGUCUGUGUACAGUAGUGUGUUGAGACGUUGCUGAAUGGAGUAGUAUGAUGGUGGUGUCCUGGG